GUGCCACCUGCAGUCCGUCAUGUCGUUCGGCAGAGACAUGGAGUUGGAGCACUUCGAUGAGCGCGACAAGGCUCAGAGGUACAGCAGGGGGUCGCGGGUGAAUGGCCUGCCCAGCCCCACGCACAGCGCCCACUGCAGCUUCUACCGCACACGCACGCUGCAGACACUCAGCUCAGAGAAGAAGGCCAAGAAGGUUCGCUUCUAUCGGAACGGAGAUCGAUAUUUCAAAGGGAUUGUGUAUGCCAUCUCCCCAGAUCGCUUCCGAUCUUUUGAGGCCCUGCUGGCUGAUUUGACCCGAACUCUGUCGGAUAAUGUGAAUUUGCCCCAGGGAGUGAGAACAAUCUACACCAUUGAUGGGCUUAAGAAGAUUUCCAGCCUGGACCAACUGGUGGAAGGAGAGAGUUAUGUGUGUGGCUCAAUCGAGCCCUUCAAGAAACUGGAGUACACCAAGAAUGUGAACCCUAACUGGUCGGUGAAUGUGAAGACCACCUCGGCGUCCCGGGCUGUGUCUUCGCUGGCCACUGCCAAGGGGAGCACUGCAGAGGUGCGGGAGAAUAAGGAUUUCAUUCGGCCCAAACUGGUCACCAUCAUCAGAAGUGGCGUGAAGCCACGGAAAGCUGUCAGGAUUCUGCUGAACAAGAAAACGGCUCACUCCUUUGAGCAGGUCCUCACUGAUAUAACCGAUGCCAUCAAGCUGGACUCCGGCGUAGUGAAACGCCUGUACACUUUAGAUGGGAAACAGGUGAUGUGCCUUCAGGACUUUUUUGGUGACGAUGACAUUUUUAUUGCAUGUGGACCGGAGAAGUUCCGUUACCAAGAUGAUUUCUUGCUAGAUGAAAGUGAAUGUCGCGUGGUGAAGUCCACUUCUUACACCAAAAUAGCUUCAUCAUCCCGCAGGAGCACCACCAAGAGCCCAGGACCUUCCCGGCGCAGCAAAUCUCCUGCCUCCACCAGCUCAGUUAAUGGAACCCCUGGUAGCCAGCUCUCUACCCCUCGCUCGGGCAAGUCGCCAAGCCCUUCACCCACCAGCCCUGGAAGCCUGCGGAAGCAGAGGAGCUCUCAACACGGUGGUUCCUCUACUUCACUGGCAUCCACCAAAGUCUGCAGCUCGAUGGAUGAGAAUGAUGGACCUGGGGAAGAAGUGUCAGAGGAAGGCUUCCAGAUUCCAGCCACGAUAACAGAACGAUAUAAAGUCGGAAGGACAAUAGGAGAUGGAAACUUUGCUGUUGUCAAGGAAUGUGUAGAAAGGUCAACUGCUAGGGAGUAUGCUCUGAAAAUUAUCAAGAAAAGCAAAUGUCGAGGCAAAGAGCACAUGAUCCAGAAUGAAGUGUCUAUUUUAAGAAGAGUGAAGCAUCCUAAUAUUGUCCUUCUGAUUGAGGAGAUGGAUGUGCCAACUGAACUGUAUCUUGUCAUGGAACUAGUAAAGGGUGGAGACCUUUUUGACGCCAUUACUUCCACUAACAAAUACACCGAGCGAGAUGCCAGUGGGAUGCUGUACAACCUGGCUAGUGCCAUCAAGUACCUGCAUAGCCUGAACAUCGUCCACCGUGACAUCAAGCCAGAGAACCUGCUGGUAUAUGAGCACCAAGAUGGCAGCAAAUCACUGAAGCUGGGUGACUUUGGACUGGCCACCAUUGUGGACGGGCCCCUAUACACAGUCUGUGGCACCCCAACCUAUGUGGCUCCAGAAAUCAUUGCAGAGACUGGAUAUGGCCUCAAGGUGGACAUCUGGGCAGCUGGUGUAAUCACUUACAUCUUGCUGUGUGGUUUCCCUCCAUUUCGUGGAAGUGGUGAUGACCAGGAGGUGCUCUUUGAUCAGAUCUUGAUGGGGCAAGUGGACUUUCCUUCUCCGUACUGGGACAAUGUUUCCGAUUCUGCAAAGGAGCUCAUUACCAUGAUGCUGUUGGUCAAUGUGGAUCAGCGAUUUUCAGCUGUGCAGGUCCUUGAGCAUCCCUGGGUUAAUGAUGAUGGCCUUCCAGAAAAUGAGCAUCAGCUGUCAGUAGCUGGAAAGAUAAAGAAGCAUUUCAACACCGGCCCCAAGCCGAACAGCACCGCCGCUGGAGUGUCUGUCAUAGCAACCACCGCUCUUGAUAAGGAGAGGCAGGUUUUCCGACGAAGAUGCAACCAGGAUGUGAGGAGCCGGUACAAGGCGCAGCCAGCUCCGCCAGAACUCAACUCGGAAUCCGAAGACUACUCCCCCAGCUCCUCCGAGACUGUUCGCUCCCCUAACUCGCCCUUUUAAUGAGCCCCUUUGACUCAAAGUCCUAGCUUAACCCUUUGAGACACUAGAUUUUUUUUCCCCAAAUUUCUGUAAAACAGUUUCAUCUGGUCUCUCUAGCAUUCGAUGCUCUUGAAUAGCAGAACAAAGAGCAUGUUUGGGGGUACUUUUGUAGUAAUUUCCCUUUACUGAGUGAGACGGCACGUGGAGGUUGUGAAGAUGGUAAUUUGCCACUAGUAAGGUCCUCAAAGGGUUAAGGCUAAUUUCCAAUUUUUUUUAAACAUAGAAGCAAUGAACGUUUUCAUUGGUCAAGCUAGGAUCUGCAGUAUGUAAUAUAGCACAUGUUAACCCUCUUAGUGCAGAGAACUUAACUGAGAAUCUUUGCUGAGAAUUUUUCAGGCCUUUGGGUGUAGGCGCACAUGUUUUUUGAUUUUGCUGCAGAUCAAGGAGUGCUAUUAAGACGCUGAAAUGUCCAGACAAGAAAGGCAUCUAGAAUGAUAACUUGAUUGUUCUUCUCUGUGGGUUUAGAACACGGCAGGUUUAUAACUUCAGCAUACACACCCCUCUCUCCUUCACAAUCCUAUUAAAAAGGGAAUCCUUUUUCUUUAGUAUAACCAUCUGCUGCAGUGAGGUGUGCAUUCAAGAUGGGCUUGUGACAAACAACCUUACCCAGGAAAUUGACAAUACGCCCUCCCCCGAAAUUGUCUCCCCAGGAAGAUGUACUGAUAUUGCCCCAGGAAUGCUGCUUUCACAUCAGCUGCUGCUAGUGCCAAUGCAGACCCUCAGGGAAUCACCACAGCUUGUCUUGUGCUUGGUGAGUGAAGGUCUGUGUGCUCAGUAUCAGACAUCUACAGGAAAGAAGCAACCAGUGAAAAAGAGCAAUAAAUUGCCAGGUGCUCUGUAGGGCUGGAAUUUCAAAAGAAAGAAGGGAUGAGAUCGUGUGCUUUUUUCUUACCUGCUUUUUAUGAUACUGUGGUCAUCGCUGUGAAACCCACAUCUGUUGUGCAAUCCAUAUAUAGAAGAGCUAGGAGGGGGGCAAGAGCUUUUCAAAGUGGCUAAAGAGAAAGCACAAUGGAACACUAGCCGGAAUGGUUUCAAAGGAUAUAAACUAAUUACUUUUUUUUUUUUUUUUUUUUUUGGUGGAACUGGGAAUUAAACCCAGUGCCUUUGGAGUGAGCUGCAUUCCAAGCCCUCUUUUACUUUUAUUAUUUUAUUUUGAGACAGGGUCUUGCUAAGUUACUCAAUUGCCUGGACUGGCCUCAAGCUUUUGAGAUCCUUUUGCCUCAGUCUUCCAGAGUGCUGUGGUUAUAGGCGUGCACCACCACACUUGGCUACCUGUGCACCUGUAGGUUACCUGUGUAGUCUCCCAGGAAGGGCAACGUAUACUGUUUUAAAGAUACCCCUGAGGAUAAACUUCUAUUCCCUGGGAUGAUUUUUUUUAUACCACUCUGUAGCUGUCCAGGAAGACUUUGUUUUGUCUUUGGACCCAGCUCUGAGUGAGAUCUAUAUUUUCACUUCUAUUUAACAAAUCUCCAGGCAUGAAUCUCCAGGCCUGAGUUUGUUCUGGAACAUAGGCCUUUUUGACUGGAGGCCUGCUGCUUCCUGUUUACCAUGGCAAUACUCAGAGAGAAGAAUAUAAGGGUGUCUGAGGCAGAACCCAACUAAUGUCCCCUCUAAAGUUUGCUCAGCUUUGUAACCCAGAAGAACACAGAUAGUCAUAUCUCAAAAAUAUUUAACUGGAUCAUUAAUGAGCCUUCUUUUCUCAGUUUUGAAUAUACAUUAAUAUCUGAGAGUCUUGAAAUUUCUGAAUGACCUUUCUAUACAUUCUGAAUUUUCAAAUUCACACUGAUUUUCAGCUGCUGCUUUUUACUCUUCAGCCCUUCAACUACAGUCCACAUUUACAAAGAUUUUAAAUCACAACGUGUCAUUACCUUUGCAAGGCAGACUCCCACAUAGUCUUCUAGAAAUGGUAAUAUAUGAAAUCACAAAGCAGCAUAAAUCAGUAAAUCAUUUGAAAUUGGUUUGGGGGAAACAGGGGAUGGGACAGAAAACACCAGGAAUGAUGUUUGUGUGUAUAGAUAAACUACAUAUUAGUAAAUGGCACUGACCUGGUCAGAAAUUGCUGCUUUCUCUGGAAAUAUAAGCAAUGCACUAUUCUAAGGUGAAGGAGUAGCUAUAUACUUGGCCACAACUCUAAGUGUGUGAAUGUAAAGAAUCCUAUAGGUAGAGACCUACUUGCAGUAGAUUGUCAUGUUCCCUUUUUUUCUCUGAACGACUGCUUUUUCUGUGGGCAUUCUAUGUGUUGCUAUAGCGUCCAGUGUCCAGAGCUACAGUGCGUGGCCUAGACCUUUUUCCACUGAAACCUGGGGCAAUGCGAGAGUGUUUCUCAGCACACGCAGAGAGCAGCUCAGAGGAAUGCAAGGCCCAGUCAGCUGAGAAUCCCAGUGCACUGCUGUAGAAUCUGAGUGAUCUAUGCUGAAUAAACAGUGGAAUGUGACCUGUCAAGUAGAAAUAUUGAGUAAUCAAUGGAAUGCAAUCUCUCUAGCACUAAGCUACCACGAUUUUGAAUGUCAGAGAUGUACUCAGAGGGUUAACAGACAAGCACAAGGCAUGCUGAUGUUGGUGUAUCCAGAUUGCUUUGCUCUUAGCCAGGGCUUUGUAAUUUCUUUCUCAACAUUCUUGGGAUAGUUCAAGUUAUAAAUAAUUAAGUGGUGGUGUUCUUUGAGGAAUUUCUAAAACCAAAUUGAUUUUAUUUUUUAGUUUAUUUAUCAUAGAACAAAUAUGUACAAUUAUGGCAGUGUAUCUCUGUAUUAUCAAUUUAAUCAUCACCACAAGUGUUUCCAUAUUUUUUCCACAUAUUUAAUAUAGCUCUUAUGGUGGAGGGCUGGUAAUGAGGACUGUCUUUCUUUUCCUGACACAUGAUCAGCCCUCUAGUAUUUUCAAGGGAAUUUUAAGCAUCGUCUUUUAAGUUUGAUAAUAGACUAGUUAAGAAAGAACUCCUUCAUUAUUUGCAUCGUGUAAGUCAUCUCUGUAGAGGAGAACUGUUCAUAUUAAUGAACACUUUUUUCUCAACAUUGUAGCAGAAAUCAUUUUAUUCAUCAUGAUCAAUGAAUAUGUGAUUUGCUCCAGAUCAUUAGAAGGAAAAAUAAGAUUUCAGUCAUGGAAAAUGCUUUUACUGUAGCCCUCAUCUAACUCACAUGUGGUGCAUAUUAAAAUAAGCCGAGAAAAAGAAAUAUGAAUAAACUACUGAAAACACUUUGUGUUUUGUAUUCAAUGAGACCUUCCUGCACCUACUCAACCCUCCCAUGGGGGAGUGUUAACAGGCCCGUCAGAUAUUGUUGAAAGAAAGCAGUAUAUCCAUGAAUGAAAACUAAAAUUGCAAUCCUUUACCCUUUGAGGCAUAUUUCAGUUAGAAAGGAAAAAAAGAAAAAUUGACUUAGAGGGUCACGGAGCUACCGUCUGACCAAGGCUCAAGCACAUUAAAUCAAGGUUGUUUGCUGGCCAGCGGCAUCCGUUAGACAACUCUAUCCCCUGUGCUGAAGCACGACAGAGCUGAGGGAGAGCUUUCUUAAUAUUAUUGUGUUGCCCCCAGCCCUUCUCUGGGUAAGGAUCUGUCAGCAUUUCCAUGAUAAACUCCUAUUUUCAAAGGUUUUAAUUUAACCAUAAAAGUGCGCCCCAGGCUGAAGUUUGCUAUCCAGGACCUGUACCAGAGUAAAGGUUCACUUUCCUCUCUUCUCAAAUUCUUCCCAGUUUUCCUGAGAAAAGAACCACAACAAAAAAUCUGGCAUGUUUCCUUAAUUGCAAUUCCAUAAUUUUGGAAAGAAUCAAGAUCCAAGAAGGUAGUUUUAAUGUAAUUAUUCACUUAGAUGUUUUUUUUUUCUUCUUCUUUUAAGGAAUCACCAGGCAUAUAUUUAGAUAGCAUCUUUUCUGUAACUUGUAAGUCAUUUAAAUUAGAUGGCUACAUUGUUUUGUUCAAAAAUUUAAAAAACAACUCAAAGUUGACAGUUCAGGGGUCAGCCUUGCCCACAUGUAAUCUACCAUGUCCAUUAGGAGUUUGACAAAAUGCUCUGAAAUAGACCCUUACUUUGCAUGCAGUGUAGAGGGUCAGAUAUGUGCUUCUUUGGAGACAGGAUUGCUUUAUUUAAUCAUCAAAUUUCCUGAAGCCAUUCUAGUCUGUGGGGGCAAAUAAUGAUUAAAAGCAUUUCCAAAAUUAACAUUUUUCUCAAUUCAUAUACAAGGAUAGCAUAGAACAGCAUUCACACUUUUUUGUUUAUUUAAAGGCAAAUAAAUCAGUGAAACUUAAGGACAUGCUAAACAUUUGAUUGCUGCAAAGUGCUUUAAAAAUUGGCUCAAUGGUGCUUAUACAUGGAACAGUUACAAAUGGGGUUCCUGAGACUGUCAAAAGGAAUCUUUAGCUUGUACGUAACUACACACUAAAGGAGGAGGUGCUUUUAGGCUAGUCUUUUACUUUUAAUCAUCUCAGAUAUGCAAGCAUCCAUCCAGUAACAUUAAGGGUCAUAACCUGGUGGGAAACAAGAUUUAACAUAGAGGUUUAGAAUGCCUCUGGUUGGGGUGUUUUGGUUUGUUUGUUGUCAUUUUUGGCUUAACACGGAGGCUGCAAUGAUCAUUUUUCAGUGAGUGAGCAUUUAACUGGCAAGUGGUUUGAUCAUGAGGUUUGCAAUAUCUUGCCCAUGGAGACAAUUGAAAGAUCAGGUUUCGUUCUUUUUUCCCUAAAGGAAAAGUAACCUCCAAAAUGGAACCAUACCUGUAAAUUUCUUCACUAUUCUUUUUUAAUAACUAAACUGAGACCCUUAAUGUUGCUUUAAUGUAAAAGUGUAUAUUUUUGUCUGUGAUAUACUUUAUUAAUUUAAAGUAAUAGUUUUAAAGCUGUCAUUGUUGAUAUUAAAAGAAAGUAGCAUUUAAAAAGUGAUGUUAAAGAUUCUAAUGAUAUCAAUUCAUUCCAGUCCAAUCAAAUGUGGUAAGAAAUAUAGCUUGAACAGUACUCUAGGGACGAUUUCUCACUUACCAUUGACAUUAAUCUUUAGUGUAUUCUCAGAACAAAUGAAAAGAAAUUGAAACUGGCCAAGGUUAAAGUCAUAUCCCAAUAACUUUUUUAAAAAAUUUAUUAGGAAAUUAGUAAUAGCCUUUUUUUCAUUCUGGCUGAAGGAAAAUUAUGAAAGGAUUAGUUGAGUGUGAAAUUAAAUAGUAUUUUCGUCAUGCAUACUAAAAAGGUGGGCUGGGAACUUGAUGCAUUUAAACAAGUUUCCGAGAGGUUUCGAUGUAGUAGGCGAAAAACUCAAUGUUUCCUUUGAAAUUACUGAAUUUAUUACUUGCUGCAUGGGUCAGAUGGCAUAGGUUAAUCUUUGAUUUUCAGAAUCCUAAUUAAAUAACUUUCAAACAAUUUGUAUCCAUGAUUAAAGGUGGAAUGAGAUCCAACUUUUUCUGAAUCCUUCAGUUUAAGCUAAUAAAUGUAGGUUAAUGUGGAAUGAAAUCAUCUGUGAUAUAUUAUGUUCAUUUAUCUACCGAGCUUUUCUGAUGUUGCCUGUUUUUAUGUAAAACAUGUUCUUAAAGUUAAUAAAAGAAUAGUUCUUGGUGUAUGAACUACUAUAUAAUACCCUA